CGAGCCUGGGUUGCCGAAAAGAAGGAAAGUUGCUAUGCCGUGAGACAACACGAGCUAAAUGGCGCAGGCCUGGCUGCGACUAAUCACGAAGGCGUGGUUACCCAAUAUUUUCCUUCGAUACUCCAGGAACAGGUCAACAAACCCAGAAACCGAGUGGUUGAUGAUCACAAGGUGGGUCGUAAUCGUGUUCCCGGCUCCUAG